CGCUGUCGAUCAAGUAUAAAGAGACGUACUUUUCCAGUCUUUGAUCUCUCACAAUAUCAUCACAUCAUCACCGGCCGCAUCUUUAGCAAAUACUCGUCAUCAACCACGAUGCAGACCAUCCUAGCCCUCGGACUCGCGGCGCUGGCAGCAGCAGCUCCAGCCAAACGAGACACUCCACAUUACCCUGCAACUUCGUUGUCCAAAGGCUUUCUCCUGAUUGCCAACGUGACAGACCCAACCAAAGACCUGUCGCCCUCAGUCAAUGGCUGGGUUGUCCAGACGGCGCACAUUGGCCCACCGUUCAACGCAGCCGUGUUGCAGUCACCGGGAGCCUCGGCGCCCGGCCGCAUCUUCUACGAGAACGGCACCGACGAGCGGGUGCGGUACGGCCAGAGCACCGUCAUCACCGAUGGCGCAACGCCGCCCUCGCCCUAUGGCAUCUUCACGCAAAGCCCGACUGAAUUCGACACGCUCUACCCGACCGAGCACGAUGUCUUCAUCAACGGGGGGCCAGGAACGCCGGCGUCCAUCACCCGGUUCCCCAACCCGUAUGCCAUCCUCCAGAACAAUCUGGGCGUGGGCACUUUCGUGGCGUGCAACAACACGAUCCCUUACUACGGGUACAAAUUCAUCACGAUCAAUUACGCCUACGCCACCUUCGAGGGUCCCGACGGCGGGUACCAGUACAACGCCAACAUUCCCGAGGGAUGCGCGCCCAUUGCGCUGCUGCCGCAGUGCACGACGCUGAACGAGCUGCCGCCUGAUGCGUAUGCCAGCCACGAGUUUGCCGUGACGGAGCGCUGCUAUGACGAUGUUGCGGGUAUCGACUGGAGCCAGUAUGGGCCCUGACGACAGACUGGGGUAAGCUUGGCUCAUGUCAAGCCGUUGCCAAGCCUACGCAUGUCUUACUGGUUGUCGCUACGAGGUUUAUCGCGUGUCUUCCUCUGUGAUCAGUUGGAAUUAUAAUAGCCAAUAGAAUAUGUAAUGUGUUGUCAAAUAAUACAGUUACUCCAAA